CAACACCGUUCCACACAAAUGCGACAAAGAUCCUGCCAAGUAAAUAUUCUCUCAAUCAGAAUAGUACUUGAUUCUUCAUCUUCGUAGUCAAUAUUAUUAUGAAAAUCUGUAAUUCGACCAUUCCACUAAAUCAGUAGGUUAAAUUUUCGAAAUUUCCUACUCAUUUAUGCAGUUUAAAGCAGCAUAAAUUACAUAUACUAAAUAUAGUCUACAUGCAUUAAUCCAAAAUUAUAAUGCUCUGCCAAAAUAUAUGAGCUGCCAAAAAAUAGAAAUUAUAUUUUAUUUUCGUAAACUGAAGAAUAAAGAUGUUGUAGUUCGAGUGUAAGGGACUCGACCUACUAGCACAAAUAAUCUUAUCCCUACACCCCAUUCUGAAGCAUGUCGGGCAGAAAGCGCCAGAGUAGAAUAAUUGGAGGGUGGUUCAAGGAAGCGCCAGAGUAGAAAGCGGACUCGACCUACUAGCACCAAUAAUCUUAUCCCUACACCCCAUUCUGAAGCAUGUCGGGCAGAAAGCGCCAGAGUAGAAUAAUUGGAGGGUGGUUCAAGGAAGCGCCAGAGUAGAAAGCGCCAGAGUAGAACUGCAGUUAGAGUCCUAGAAACUCUAUGUAUAUGCUUUUAAACGAGUCCUACUCCCGCGAUCAAUGUGGAUCGGGACCAAGAAGCUCGAACAAACUUCGGUCCGACAUACAAUGAGUUCUAUGCCAUCGAUCCACCCUUGACCGAGUAAGAGCUGCUCGAUCUAGGCUUGAUCGAGUUUUACUCCCUCUAUCCAGUUUAGCCAUCCACUAGUUCGAGUCCAACAACGUUGAACCGCUUUGUGGUUAGAAUGUCUCCAACUCGAACCACUUUAAACAUUGGUAUUUUGAGAAUUUUAUUGAAAGUUUAUCAAAUUCUUUUGGGCAAAUACAAUUUAUUAGCCAAACCUUUCAUUUUAAACAAUAUAAUAGCCACAACUUUUUAAAAACAAUUUAUUAACCAAAUCGUUAACUUUCCAUCAGGUCAACCGUUAGUUGACUGUGACGUGGCAACUUGGUUGCUUAGUAGGAAAAAGUGGGUGACUUGGCAGCAAACACUAAAUUAAAUAAAUAAAUUUUAUAAAAUUAAAAGAAAUUAGAGAUCUUUUAUCCACUUCUUCUUCCUUCCAAUCCUAAAAUUGCUCAAACUCCCCAAUCGCCCAACCCUAAUUUCAUUUCCUCCUCUUUUGUUGCCGUUAGCUCGGCGACUCUCCCGCCGUCUUGGAGCUGCUAGAUGAAAAUGACAACGAGCGACCGUGAGAGGAGGUGGCAACGGGGGCAGAGCUUCCUCUGGCGGGUAGGGAGGAGGCAGAGAAGGAGGUCAUGCAGCUCGAACUAGGCAAGCUUAUCGAGGUUGGCCAGAUGCCUCUUGUUGCAAUCGGUGGUGACGAGGUUCUUUGAGAUGCGAUUAUCCACUUCCAGAAAGGGAACUGCAGGCAGGAGCGGGAAUCAAUCGACGAGAAUCAAGGGUAUUUCAAGGUUUUCUCGAGAAUCGCAGGCAAGCUGGCAACAACUCUCAAAGUACGAUAACGAUUAUGACAAGAUUUUCUUCAAAGUCGAGAUCUAGGGUUUCUGGAAAAACUCUCAUGGUUGGUUCUGAUUUAAAAUGGGUAUUUUAUCCCCUGCCUAUUCCAGAUGCAGUCUUUCAGGUGGAGAAAUUGUCCCCCGCUUCCGUCCGGAAGCGCCGUGAUCUUCACCACCACGAGGCUCAUGUUCAGAUGCUUGUCCCCUGUUCUUCUACCUCCUCCAGGGUGGAUUCAUGAAUCGUGAGAUUCGCUACCAUGACGUCAGCUUGAAACCAGGAGAGAGCUCAAAUAGCAGCUGAGUCGACGCGACGUGCUCUUGGUCGUACAGCUCCGCCACAGGCGCCAGAUUCAUCACCGGAUUCACUGUCGAUUUCAACGCCAAAAACAAGUAAUCAUCAGCCUCUGCUCUGAGUUCCCCUUCCCUCCACUCGACUCUACCCGAGAUAGGAUCUCCGUUGCCGAGUCGCUCUUCCCUUCGUCAACCGUCGCGACUUCGAUCAACACCGAACUCGUGCAAAUCGUCGGAGUCACGGCGGAGGUCGUCGUUGGCAGUGGUGGGACUAGAGGAAGAGAAGGGAGAGAUGAGAUUAUGAAUCGUCAUCGGCCACUCCCUUGGCUGCCGACGCAGACUUGGUGCAGGACGACGAUCUGAAUUAGUUGAAGAAGAGGUUAGGGAAGGAUGGUUCGAUGAAGGGAGAGAUGUGGGGAUAACAUGAUGUAAUUUUGUGGUUGUUGUGUGAUGUAUUUUUUUUUUUUGCUUUUCUGGUUAAAAAAUAAUUUUUUUAGUGGACUGUUUUGCCACAUCAUCAUUUUCUAACCAACUCAGAAGCUAGUGUGCCACGUCAGAGUCAACUAACCGGAUGGAAAGUUUACUGUUUGGAUAUUAAAUUGUUUUCGAAAAA